AUGUCGAAGUAUUGUUCCAGAGCUUUUCCGAUAUCAUCCUUGUGGAUACUGGGAGUUGAUCUUCCCAGUAAUACAGUGAAGGAUCCAUUACCCAAAUCUGUAGUUUCUGAGAAUAAGCAGGAGCUGAGGCGUGCAUCUAUGUAUUCUGAUCCUGAUAGCCAGGGCACGUACACCAGUGUCAUUCCUCCCCCUCCCAGCCGAACACAAGUCAAAAAGGUCUCCACUAGUGUGCCUCAUGAUGUGAUAACACAGCGAGUGCCAGCAACAGAACAACAGGAUUCUGUAUCCCCAGUUGUGUCUCCUCAUCACUCACCACCAUCUUCACCAGUUGCCUGGAGGAAACACAGCAAGCAGCAUCAUAGUGGAGGGUCAGCUGCUGGUGAUGGAAUGUGGCCAGCCCACUCUCCCCCUCCCAACCAAGAGAACUGGGUGAGUUUCACUGAUACUCCCCCAAGCAGCACACUUCCAACAAUGCAUCCAGCUUCAGUUCAGGAACACACAACCGUAAGGACUGUGGCAUCUGCUACAAAUGCCAUGGAAAUUCGCAGGCAAUCUAGUGGCUAUGAUGAUCCUUGGAAGAUUACAGAUGAGCAGAGGCAGUAUUACAUCAACCAGUUUAAAAAUAUUCAACCAGAUUUGAAUGGUUUUAUUCCAGGAUCUGCAGCUAAAGAAUUCUUCACAAAAUCCAAAUUACCGAUUCUUGAGCUUUCUCAUAUUUGGGAGCUAUCAGACUUUGACAAAGAUGGCGCUUUGACAUUGGAUGAGUUUUGUGCAGCUUUCCAUCUUGUAGUGGCCAGAAAAAAUGGGUAUGAUUUGCCAGAAAAGUUACCUGAAAGUUUGAUGCCAAAGCUGAUUGAUCUUGAUGAUUCAGGAGAAGUUGCUGACCAGGUUUCUGAAGCUGGCUUCUCAACCUCACCUCCAGAAGUACCCCCUAGCAAAUCACCGUCAAUGCCCUCACUAAACCAGACGUGGCCAGAACUGAACCAGGGCAGUGAGCAGUGGGAGACUUUUAGUGAACGCUCUUCAAGCUCGCAAACUCUGACCCAGUUUGAUUCUAACAUAGCACCAGCUGAUCCUGACACAGCUAUCGUUCACCCUGUUCCAAUCCGCAUGACUCCAAGUAAAAUUCACAUGCAAGAGAUGGAGCUGAAAAGAAUUGGAAGUGAACUAACGCACCCAACCAGUCCUUUGCUUACAAACUCACCGGAGCUUUCAGAUGAGACUAAACUGGCUACCACUGUGAAAUUUGUUGCAGGAAACACUGUUGAUGGCUACAGCAGUUCAGAUUCAUUUGUUUCUGAAUCUGAGCAGGUUGGAAACAGCAUAACCCGGCAACGUUCGCAUUCGGGCACUUCUCCAGACAACACGCUCAAAACUGCACCACCUCCACCUCCGCCAAGACCACAGCCGUCACAUUCAAGGUCGUCUUCACUAGAUAUGAACAGAACCUUCUCUGCAAGCAACACAGGGCAACCGCAGGCUGGAGUUGUUGCCUGUCCUCCCGCAGUGCCUCCAAGACCACAGCCCACACAGGUCACUGUGCCUCCAUUACAUCGGCCGGUGGACGUUGAUGGUCAUGUGGCUCACACCAGCACCUCGCCACACCAGAUGCCAGAGCAGCCAAACUUUGCUGAUUUUCGUCAGUUUGAAGCAUUUGUAUCCAAGGGCACAGAGCAGCAAAUAGACGACACAGACAGGCAUUCUGAAACUAUUCAGCCUGAGAAGCCUUCCGAUUCCACAGGCACGCUGAGGACUGCAAAGCUAGCUGGUUCUAGUGAUGAGAAGCCAGCUGGAAACACGGUUAAAGCCACAACGUGUCUUGUUCCUCCUCCAAAACCUGUUCGCCGUAGACUGCAGUCUGAAGAAGAGCUCCGUGGUGACACAGAUGAACUUACCCAAAAAACCAACAUCAUCAACACCGUAUUAGUCUCGCAUUCAUCGGUUUCAAGGUCAGUUGGCAAAGAUAAAAAGUCCAUUCAGGCUUCGAUCAGAAGAAAUAAGGAGACUAACACGGUGCUAGCCAGACUCAACAGUGAAUUGCAGCAACAACUGAAGGAUGUGCUUGAGGAGAGAAUCUCUCUGGAGGUGCAGUUGGAGCAGCUUCGGCCAUUUUCGCACUUGUAACACAGGAGCUUCCUGACCACGUGGAUGAAACUGAAAGGUCACGUUUGGUGCGGAUGUGCCACUGGAUCCUGACUACUCCCUGCAGGCAGCUUACCUCUGCUCAGCUUUGUGGGUCUACUAUGCAGUGAUUAGUUUCCAUGGUUAAUUUCAUAGAGCUGUUCACUUGUAACAUGGGUACCAUUUGUUUAAAGAGAGGGAGAAAUAAAUUGAAGGGAGCUGUGAAGCUGGUAAAUAUUCAGGCCCUGGGGGUAAAGAGAGGGGGGGUGCAGAGGCAAUUACUAUAGUUUUGAUUCUACAGAACAGUGAAUAAUUCCAUUCCCCUCCACUGCCCCCCAUCUCUCCCCUCCCCAUCCCCCCCCCCUCCCUUCAAGAUCAGUCCUCUCUUCAGACAGGAGAAAUGGCUUGCCAAUGAGUUCUUUAAAUAAUGUAAGCACGCCAAGGUAGUACCUGUUGAAUCCUCGAGUCACUGGUUGAAGGAGGGAAACUGCCAGAAUGCUUCAACAUUUGAAGCACUGUGUUCAGUAAGGCUAAUGUCAAGUGGUUUAUAGUCUUGGGAAAUAUUACUUUGGUAGAAUUGUGAGAUGUGAUGGAAGAGCUAUGCUAGAGUGAAUAUAUAUUUUCCUGUGUCAGUGUUCAAAGGAGUGUCUUGAAACACUCCACCCCCCCCCCCCACUCCUGAAUUUGCGUAGCUUUCCUUUUGGGUGAGGCCAGUUUGUGCAGCUUAAGUAUAAAGGGCUUCCCUGGCCCAUUUUUGCUUUCAGGUCAUUCAAAAAAAAAUAUUUUUCUCAUUGCAUUACUGCAGCAGAACACUAAAUAGUGUCCCUAACCAUUUGGAACAACCGAGGGUGGUGGUGUAGGGGUUGGUUGGAGAUAUGUAAUGAAAUAUUUUGCACUACUGAAGUAUAAGUGUAUUCAUGUGUUGCUAGUUAUGGUUCAAAACCACUUUUUUUAAGUUGGAGGGUGUAACAGAUAAUAUGUUUGGUGUCAAGGUGAGAAUGUAAAGACCACCACUAAGGGUUUUUUUUUAAAUAUAAAUUUAAGCCAGUGAAUUGAGAAGGACCACCAGCCAGUGUGUUGAUGCUGAAGCAAUCAGUUGGUUUGAGCAUAUCAAGAAGCUUGUGGUGAGCUGGCUUUUUUUAAAUACCGAGUGCACUGGACUCACUAAUGAAGCUGCUGUGUGGCCAUACCCCAUUAGUUCUGUUGUAAACAUUCACGUGGUAAAUAACUGUAGUAUAAACCGCAAAUGUGAGUGUGGAUUCAGGAGGGAUGUUGCUGGGUGCAGUUGUGUGUGUGUUUGUAUAUGGCAUCUUGGAUUUGCGUGCAAACACCAUUACUUGGAGCAAAUCUGUGUGCAGUUUGUGUGGGUAGUGAAUCUAUACUUUUUCACCCCCAGCCUCUAUACUCUGGAAAUGACAGUAUGUGGAGUUUGCAUAGUAGGGGUUGUUGGGGCUACAUUGUGACUUAUAAAAGACGACUUUAGUGUGUGUAUGUUACUGAUUUGCAGUUGUGAUUUCUCACAACACAGCCUCUGUCUGCAUGCUGUUGACCAACUUCGACUCAUUACAUUUUCAUUCCACCCACAGAACAUUCUGAGUACUGAUUUUCAAUACUGUCCACCUCCCUGAUACAGCUAAAGGUUAUCCUCUUCAAAUCUAAUACUCAGAAAUUAAUUGAAGAUUGUACAGAACUAGAGAAUUUUUCUUUAAAUUAUUAUGCAAGGAGCAAAAUUUUAUAAUUGUUUGACUUCAUUGUUCAGUAUUCUAAGGGUUAGUAUGAUUUGCAGUUUCUUAUCUCUGUACUUUUUUUUAAGAAAGCAAGAUGUUUCUUUUUAGUUUGGGACUAUUUUUGGUUUCUAUAGCUUCAAGCCUUACUGUUCUGGCUACAUAGUUGAUGGAGAGGAAUGUUCAGACAGAUGGGGAGAAGAGGGGGAGGCUUUCCAUUUUCACCCAAUGAGAGCCACCUUGCUAUUCAGGUCAAUGUACUGUAUAAGGAGUAUGAUGUAAAUUGUAUGAUACACACUUUUGAUCUUGUAUGUAAAUUUACAUUAAAUUGCUGACUAACAGCAAAUCUAUUUAAUUGCUUAUUUUGGCUCUGGGAUCUUUAGAUGUUAAACUGCAUGGAUGUAUCUUGGCAGAGCAAAGUAGCAACUGUGAUUUUUACACAAAUAAAACAGCACAAUAUUUUAUCUGACAACUUGCUCUAUUCACCAUUCACUGUUUUCAUGAGUUCAGAUCCCAAAGGGAAUUGCUACUAACCACAGUUGUGGUAUUGAUGGAUGAGACCUGUAAAAGCAGGGAGUGAAUUUUCCUGGAAUUUGCUGAUCUUAAAGAAAAGUAUUACUGCAGCCUUUACAAGGGACCCAAGAAACCUAUUGUUUGAGGCCU